AGUCAGACUGUCUGGCAUCUUGCCCUGUCUCUUUGAAGAGGAGCAGUAGAAGCAGAUAAUUACACUUCCUGCCCUGUAUCUGCUCUGUAGCGCUGAACUGCCAUCUCUACAUCUGUAGGCUUCCACGCUGCAGCAGAGAAAUAACAGUUCACUACCUGUUCUGUUUUACAGCAAAACGCAUUGUUUUCCAACGAUGACGCGUGCAUAGUUGCAGGCUAAGUCUACAAAAUUCAGUGAUCAUCUUCAGAAUAUAAACUCCCCUACUUUUGUGCCAUGCCUCAGCUGUUUCAAAGCAUUAAACAUAUGUUCUAUCAUUGUCAUGUGUGGUUUACCAUCUAUUUAUCAGUUUGGUGGCAGCGUUAAAUUCCCUCAGAUUAUAUUUUCCUGUGUUGUCUUAUUUCUAGCAGAAAGAAAUUUCUAAACCCACACAAACAAUAUGUCGUACGAAUAAGUUGCUGUCCCAGAAACAAACCGCCGAGUGCCCCGGUGUUGUUGCUUUCGCCCGUGCAUAACACAAAUGCCUCUUGUUCACCCACGCAUUCUUUCGAAAACCUUGGUCGACAAGUCGCAGUAUUCAGCCAGUCGUAUGACAAUGACACGUUGCUGCAGUGGUUAGCAGGGGUAAAGCCUCCUGAAUGACUUCACUUUUUCGUUUGCGUGUUUACUGUUUGUGUCAUCACAUUGAAAACAUGUUUUGCUUUAAAGUCAAUGUGAAAUGAAAAAUGACAUUUUAACCCCUUUUAGCUCAUAUUGUCUGUCAUGUUGUGCACCUUAAUUAUAUAUAAAGGAUCUUUUCUUCGUGUAAAACAAAAUAUGUUGUGUGCUUACUUCAGUUAGUACCUAACAAUUUCAGCCAAUAAUGUUAUGACAUUCAUCCAUUAAUCAAUCAACAUUCUUUCGCGAUAACUGAACAUUCUUUUUGUGAUAAGUGAAAGAAUGUGGAGCUACAGAGGACUAUGUGGAGCCACAGUCCUCUCUAGCUCUCUACAUUCUAUUUAGCGGUCCAAUCAAAAUGCGAGGGAUUUGAUUUAAAUCUCUCUUGUAACUGUACGCCGCUCAAAUAUUUCGUUUCACUGGGGAAUAGAGGUGAAGUCCCGCCCCUUUCAGUGAACCACCAUGGGGACGGUACUGUAGUCCACGGUGAGAGUCAAAUCAUUUUUUUGAUCCUGUUUAAAUUGCGCCAUGACUUUAAACAUAUGUUAGACAAUUUAAAAGAUCAUUUCACAAGUCAAGAAAAAAGAGUCGCUGAUAAAACGCAUCAAGUAAGAUGACGUUACAUUUGUGCAUGGAGCACAUAGCUGUGUUGGUGAUGUACACUGUGCAAGAAGACAGAUGUUUCACACCCAAAAACAUUAUGCUACGACAAUCUGCGACUUUAUUGAUUUGCAAAAUGAUCUUUUUAAUUGACAAACAUCCAACAAAAAUAUAUUUGUCUCUCACGGUUACUACCGUACAUAUUUUUUUCCAAAAUACAGUGCCAUGGGGGACACCGGAAGGGGUUUGACAACAAACAUUGUGCACUGCCAGGACAUUUUCAACAGGUGUGACGCAGCCCUGCUUCUCUCCGCCUUUCUUCGUGUGACUAAAUAGACCACAUUCAUGUGUGGUUUAGGGAUGUGGAUGUUGAUUACAUGUUGGUGUAUUAACAAAUAUUCUUCACAAGAUACAGAGACAGAUUGAUAAAGCAAUUUUAGCUACCAUGAUAGCACCUGUGCCUUCGCCACUGAAAGGUUUUAAAAUGAGGUGGAGGAAGACGCAUGGAGCUAAGGUUUGCCACUUAAACCAGCAAUUAGGGAUUUUUUGGGCCACCUUGGGGCAGCGUAAACAAAUUGUAAACGCAGCAUUGACACGCCAUCAUCUUUUAAGCUUAAAUGGCAAAGUUGUUGGCAUUUAUUACAAAUGCAACAAUUACAGAGCAACAUUAGCAUUCAUUUGGAGUCCAAUAUUCAUUUUCUUUUAGCUCUGUUUUGUUCUUCCUGAGGGGAAAUAUCUCGCUCUUUAGCAUCUAAAUGCUCUAUGGGGAAGGCAUGACCGCCCUACUCUGCCUCUGAUUGGUUUAGCUUGAUAGUCUUACCCUAACCUUAAUCAGUCUCACUGGUCAUGCCUAAACCUAACCAAUACUACCAACGAAGGCCACAAGUACUUGCCAAACAGAGGCAGAGUAGGCCGGGUCUUUCCUUUGCCAUAGCAGGAUUUGUCCAGGUAUGGCUACUUUCUCUUGCUUUAAAGGCUUGAAUAGAAGACUUCACAUUGUGGCUAUUGGUAUUAUUGUUUACCUUCGUUCCAAGAACAAACCGUAUAUAUUUUUGUAAACCUUUAGUUGACAGUGCACUGACGCUGUGGCAGCUGGAGGUCGGCUGCUCUGUUGCAGAAUCUGAGCGCUGACUUUUCAGGCAGGGCAAGCGGAGAAAGAGAUCAAUAAAGUAUCACAGUGUUAUUUCACUCUCCUCGGUGCUAUCUCUCCACCUUUUAGAAUGAAAAAUUCAUCAUCCUCCGUAAAUAUCUACUGAGACAAGUUUCUGAGGCAAUAUCUUGUUGAAUGGGGGUAUACACACACGACCAAUUGUACAUCAGUUGGGAGAUUUCUGAGGUGAAAACGGUCUGAAGAAAUACUGUUGAGUUUAACAUAAUAUUACAUGUUGUGCGCAAGGAUGGUAAGGGGUUUCCUUUCCUGACACUAGAGAUUCAAACACUCUUCUCUGUCAGGGAACCAACAGGUCAUGUGACCUUAUUUUAAGAGCCUGUCUUUGCCUUUAUUCAAAUAUGCACCUGUGAUCUGUCUAUGGGAGUUGCAGCAACUGUUCUGACCACAUCUUUUUAUAAGUUGAUUACUACCCACACAUUUUGCCUACAUUAAUGUAGAUUUUGCAUUGUUUUUGAUGAUGUGUUACACCUGUCUUUACUGGUAGUGGCUAGAUUGAAAUCCUCUUUGCAAAUGAGCCCAGAAAAAAAGACAAAUAUACAGUUUAACUUGCUUCAUAUUUGUAGACGUGUUAAGUAUUCACACUGAAUUCCUGGAUACACCUACGCUCAGUUCAAAACCCCUGAGUAUGUGUGUGCCCUUUGGAAUCUCAAAGCAUCUUUCAGCUCCUUGUUGUUUUUUUUUUUUGCCCCCUUUUUAAAAUAUAUGUAAAUUUUGUCAGAUCUCAAAUCGUUUUGAGAUUUUCACUAGUCUGCGUUUUAGCAUUAAUUUAGAUGCCAGCUCUAUGUCUGUAUCAUCAUCAUCACCACCAGCAGUGAGUGAUUGAGUGAGUGAGUGCUUCCUGCAUGCCGGAAGCAUCUAAUGGUCCCGGUCGGUGUCAUGCAUCUUUCUGCAGUGGGUUGCAGUGUAUUGCAGUACAGGUCAGCUCUCAGCAGUCUCUACUCCCUCAGCUUCCCCCGGUGCUCAUGCCUCAUUAACUCAACCCACCCAGCUUAUUUACAGCUGUUAAUUACACACUGGAAAGCUGAUAUUGAUGAGGACAAUCUGCAUUUAUCCCAAUUAAGCUCGAUUCUGACUAGAUGCUAACUUGAUAGCAGAGUGGCUUUCCAAUCAGUUUGUUGUUAAGAGACUGAACCUGCUGUUUGGUGCAGUUUUCCUAUAAUUGAACAUCCACUGAGUGAGAGCAGCAUCUGAGCCAUCAUCAUCAACAGUGUGUGUAUUAUGUAAUAGGCCGAUGUUAUCUGUGUCUCCUCAAGAAGUAGGGUAAUAAAUGAUUAGCGGCGACCCAUCACUCCUCAUUAGAUUCCACGUAUCAUUAAGAGCAGAGGAUACAGUAAAUGAGACUAAUUAAGAGGGAUACAUGCUUCUAUUUUCUGCUGUCGGUAAUCUGACCAUAAUAAUCGCUGGAAUACUCCUUUAGGGAUUUAUAUUAUGUAAUACUCAGAGUUGAUCUUAAUGGUGUUUAUGUUGAUGUGCAGGGACAUGAUAUGUUCUAUAAACAAUAGGUUUACUAUGAAUAUUUGAGCCAAGUAAACACAUACAUGCUUUUAUUCUCUGCUGUCAUUAAUCUGAAAUUAGGAAUAUAUAUAUUAUGGAUGUAAUAUUAAUUAGUGACUUCACAGUUUGUGUUGCUAUAGCUAUGGGGAUGCAGUGUGUGUUUUACACACAGUGAGUUUAUAGCUGUCUGAAGGUGUUUCAUAUGAUUUCAAUAAUAUUUCAAUAUACAGUUUAAUAUUAUGUUUUAGUUGUACCUUAAUAUAUGACUAUAAUUCUAGGACCUAUAGUUUUCUUGCAUGUGACGAUUAAUAUUGUAGUUUACUGAUUACUGGCCUCUUCUUAUCUUUAUUAAGAAAUAUGACAUGAGCCUUAUUAAGGCAAAAAGAGUUAAGUGAUCUUCAUGAUGUUUGUGUUGCUGGAACUUGGUUUAUAGUUGUUUUUUUAACAUAAUGAUAAUUUACAGUCUUGUUAGUGGUGAGUAAACAGUCCUGUUUGGCACUAUUUAACAGCCCUUGAGGACCUAUUUUCUUAUAGUUUUUAGUCAGCUGUCUGUGUAUUAUGAGUAUUACUUUUUUUUUUUUUCUCAAUUUCUACUUAUUGUCCUUAUGUUUUAGGCUCAAACUUAACUAUUUCUGAGACGACCACUUCUUGUUGGCCUUUAGAAGAGAAGUUUGGUAAUGUCCAGUGGCGAUGUUUUUGCUCAGGAAACCAAAAUAGAGAUUUAAAAUAAUAGGACAUAUUGCAGGGGGAAAUACACGCGCAUAUUUCUUGAAGGGAAUUUAAAAAAAGAAAAUUCCCCAGUGAUGAUUGCGUACCCGGUUUAGUCCCUGCAGGGAUAUUACAGCAACAUGAGCGUUAUAGAGGGAUGUCCCGGUGCAACGGCCAAUGUGAAUGCAGGCAGCGCAUGCAUAUUAUCUCCAGCAUGCCACUUCGGAAGUAGGUCACCGCUCACCGAUUUGUUCACCAUGUCUCCAGCUACUGUGGGCUGUUUGGUCCGCGGAUCGCUCCCCAGGUCGACAGCCCGACCGGGUAGAAACUGACCACCAGGAACAGGGACGGACGGGAUUUUUCAUUUCACCCGACGGGACACGCAAGAGAGUCUAUGGACCCUGGUGAUGACCCAUGAUGAUGCUCGCUGAAGGGUCUCUCUGAGCUGAAACCCGCCAUCGUAGGACCCACGUGGAUGAAGAGGAGGUGGUGGCUCUGCCCCCGGACGCUGUGACAAUGGUGAAAGCUCAGCGGAGCCAGCCUGUGAAAUGUGGGAAGCCCCGGAAGGAGAAGGGAAGCAAGGAGAAAGGAGGUGGUGUGAAAAAAGGGAAAGAGAGAAAAAAUGAGUUGAGAGGAAGGAAAAAGAAAGAUAGAAAGAAGACACUGGCAGGGGGUGACGGAGAUGCGCUGGAUUGUUGCGUCCUGCUCACCCGUCUAGAGGAGAAACGGGUUGAGGGUAAAGUAAAGGAUGCACCAAAAUCUGGGAAACAAAAGAGGGUUAAAGUCAAGAAGAAGCUGCACUCCAGCUCCAGUCAAAGAAGGACGAAAUCUGGAUUUAAGAAAACGUCCACAGCCAAUCAGCAAGCACUGGAACCAAAAAUCAACCAAUCUGACGCCUUACUCAUGUUUCCCGCACCUGUCUUUGAGCCCCGCCAGCGGAGAAUGGCCUCUCUUAACGCUGAGGCUGUCAACAGCUUGCUGCUCUACAGAGAUGAUUCAAAUCUCACGAAGAAACAGCAGCCUUCUAGUGAAGACAAAGCAAAAGAUAGUCUCACUAAAAAUGAAAAUAGAGGUCAUAAAACCAAAAAGGUUGCCCCGGGAGGGAAAGCAGACCCAAAAGAAAGACCUAAAAAACAGAGGCGGUCGCCAGCGGAGGCUGAGAACAUCGACUGGUUGGCUUUGUUUGCGCCGACGCCUCGGCGUCAAGCAGGCCUUACUGCUGCAACGCUGCUCAAACUCACUAGUAGCCGGUAUGGAACCAAACGGCAAAAGAUGACGGACUCCAAGCCGGCGAGUGGGAGUGAAGCAGCAGCUACGACUCAGGGUGAGAUUAGCGGUAAGCCAGUAUGUGGAGAAACAAAGCUGACCAAAAGAACAACACAUCCCAAACAUGCGGACCAACUAAAGCACAUAAAACAGGGUACAGAAGAUCCGGUUCGUUCCCAGCCGGACUCUACCAUCCAGGGUUGCUGCAGUUUGUGUAAAAGUGAGGCUCUGGAUCCAGAGUGGAAGGGCGCCACAGGAGGACAGGAGUGUCUCAAACAUGAGCUCCAUCGUGGCUCUUCGCUGGGAUUCUCCUUGAAAACAAUCAAAAAGGAGCAGGUGGAGACUGACGUGUCUUCCUGCUACUGCUGCUCCCAGGAGAGGUGCGUCGAGUACUGUCACAGACUGGCCCUCUUCCUGGAGGACAAGACCUUCAAGGAGCCCGAGGACGGCACGCUGUCCGAGGUGUUCCACCACCACCAUCACCACCACCACCAUCAUCACCACCAUCUUCAGGCCCCUCACUCCGUAACCCAUCCGGCAGCCAUAACCAUCAGCCCGCACACCUACACCUGUUUCCCCGGCUACUACGUCCACUUCAGCCACCCGGACACCUCCCCCUCUCCCAUGUCACCCCUCGCUUUGUCCCCAAAGAGCGGCAGGAGACCCAAGCUGCUGCCCAGCACCGGUCCACAGCCCUCAGGGAUUACCCAUCCAGUGUACUGCUGCACCUCAGUGGAGGCGUGCUACGGAGAGCCCUGCAGGGUCAACGGCUACUCCUCCUACACCGGUGUGAUUCCAGCCAUCGCCAGAGGAGGGUGCUCCUUCAGCCCCCCGGACUGCACCAAAUGUAACCACGGCAUCAAAAGAGACGACUACCCAUCGACCCUCAACGACCAUCACAGAUCUUCCUCCAUCCCCAUCUCUCCCAGCCCCAGAACCCUCACUGGCUGCCCCUCUCCCACUGUGCCUCCGGCCGGCCAAUCGGUGCCCCGCAUCCAGACUCCACUGUCGGACCCCGGCCGACCGCAGCCUCCGCUGCAGGUGGCGAAGGAGUGUCCACAGACUGCCAAGUCGCCCAGCGGGUCGAGGUCUGGCACGCGCGGCACCGGCGGCAUCGGCUCGGCUGCCCGCCCUCUCAACAGGAACAAGAAGCAGAAGCUCGGCACCGCCAGCAUCGGAGGGCGAACGGUUGCUAAGCAGCCAAAGAACGGACGCCAAAAAUCAACCAAUGGCUGGCAACCAGUUGGCCUGCCCUUUCAGAAGGAGGUUUUCUCUGUGGGAGAGGAGGCUCCGGUGCUGAGGAAGUGUUUCGAGGGAGUCCAGAGGGACGGGGAGCUGAUUCGGGUCAGAGACACUGUUCUGCUGAAAUCUGGACCGAGAAAGAAGUCUCUGCCUUACGUAGCCAAGAUCUCAUCUCUGUGGGAAGAGCCAGAGUCAGGAGAGCUGAUGAUGAGUUUGUUUUGGUACUACCGUCCAGAACACACACAGGGGGGACGCAAUCCCAGUCUACAUUGUGAGAAUGAGAUCUUUGCGUCUCGUCACCAGGAUGUGAACAGUGUGGCCUGUAUUGAAGACAAAUGCUAUGUCCUAACAUUGGCACAGUUUUGUCGAUUUUGUGCCUUGGUAAAACGCCAUAGGGAGGGCGUGCGCGACUGUGCCGCCUCCUUCGUGGUGCCACCCAUUGUCGGCAACGCCAUGCCCACCCACCACUGUGUGCCCGAUGACGUCGACCCAGAGCUGGUGUAUUUCUGUCGACACGUCUAUGACUUUCGCUACGGACGCCUCCUCAAGAACCUGCAGUAGCAUCUGACGGGGGCAUGACACGUGAUGCUAUUGGAAGUGAGAUAAUCUUAUACACCUUCCACAACUUGUUAUUGGAUACACACCUACCUGCUGCUUGUGGGACAGGAACUGGAAGUUUAGAAUGAAGAAUUGACAGAUGAGCUUCAUUUGUUUUAAAAUCACUUGCUCGUACUUACAUACCACACCUUUUAUUUAGUAAGAGUAAUACCCUGACAUGUAGUAUAACAGUUAACAUGGCAGUGUAAUGGUCUUUGUCAUACAUGGCUCUGUGGUGUCGUAGCAGCUGUUUGGAGAACGUGGAACUUACUCUGCUGUAGAAAAUGCUACUGUAGCUCUUAGAAAUGUGACAUUUGAUGAGUAUGAAGAGAGGUUGAUGUUACAUGUGAAAUAUGUUACUGUCUGCCUGACGGAUAUCAGACACUCGGUGUGUCUCAAUGAUACGCCACAGCUGAAGAACAUUUUAGGCAUGUCGUGCCGCGUUGGCCCUUGAGAGGAGACAAAGAGAUUCCUGAGUGGCUGAAGAUUCAAUCACAUUUGAUAUUAGAUAUAUUCUGCAUACAAAUGUUUUACAGAGAAGCUCCAGUGAACAUCUGUGUUCAAGGUGUUUUUAGGGAAUAGUUUUUGGGGAUAUUUUUUGCUUUCUUGACAAAAGUUAGAUGAGAUAAUCAAUGCCACUCUUGUGUCUGUAUGGUUAAAUAUGAACCUAGUGCCGGCAGUGCACUGCACCCUUUAGCUUAGCAUCGAGACUCAAAACUGGACAGGGUCUGGCUAGCUUUUUCCACCUGUUUCCUGUCUUUGUGCUGAGCUAAGCUUACUGGCUGCUGGCUACAGCUACAUAUUUACCAGACAAACAUGAGUCAUAUCGAGUUUCUCAUCAAACUCUUGGCAAGAAAGCAAAUGUCCCAAUUUUCAAACUGUUCUAUGAUUUAACAUUUCCAUUUCCAUGUAACUAUGAUUGACCUGUAUGUCUUUCUAGUGAACUCUUAACCACAGCUGUGAGGAGAGUUCUUGAUCAGAAGGUUUGAUUAAAUCAAAUUCAACUCUGUUAACACUGAUUAAGUACAGGCGCGGCAAACAACGAAACGUGGACAUUUUUUUUAGCUCCACCUCUCUGUUUUCUUCCUGAGAGAAGUAUGAAUUUUAUGUAACUCUUCGAUUCACCUGAAUGGUGAUUUCCUAACAUAGUACUACACUCUACAACGAAAGCACACUUCAGUUAGUUUGGCUUUUUGCAGUGUGAAGACGUCCGAUGAGCCGAGCAUUGACAGGUUUUUUUUUUGUUAUGCCGAUGCUGAGGAAUAUUUUACCUUCUCAAAGCUGAUUGUCAGAGGAGUAAUAUGACUCCGGUGUCAGCUAACUGUACAUUUGCAUUUAUAUAUCUGGAUGAGUGUCUGUUCUGUUUGUGGCAGAUGGCAGUUAGUCACCUAUAUUCUUGUUUCUUCACCGCUGAGAUGGUGAGUAAUGUAUUCAGUGUAGCAAUUAGAUCUGUGAUGAUGAUGAUGAUGAUCCAUUCCUAUGUUUGAGAGAAGAUAUGUAUUUAUUUCUGUACUGAGAAAAUAUAAUUUAUUUUCAAAAGAUAAUUUUAAAGAAUAGAGUUUUAGAUGAGUGGCUUGUAUUCCUGAUUAUAAAGGAGGUUUCUCCUUCUUAGCUGCACUGUCUACGAUGAAAUGUGUGAGUCAUUCGCAAUAGUAUUUCUGUGACUGAGCUUGCUUGCCUAAUACAAGCCUAUUAAAUGUUGUGUUGAAAGUGUUGCAAUCCUCCGGGCAGAUGCGAGGACACAUUUAGAAGGAUCCCAGAUACAGUUUGAAGGACACCUGCUAACAUGUGACCAGAGAUGCUUAACCUGCAGGACCAAAACGUACCUUGGCCUCUCCCAGCUUCCUGUCACUUCUCCUGAGAUGAUAAAGCUUUGCCUCGUCACCUUUAAAUGCCGAAUGCUACAAUGAUUUAAACCUACCUUGCCAUUAGCCUGUGCCCUUGAUCUUGCUGCCUUAUAGAACAUUCCCAGCCUUUCAUUUAGAGAUGUGUGCUGAUAUCAGCCUCGGGUAAUGAGGCUUCUUAGUGUGCUGUAUUGAUUUUUCUCAUCUAACUCUCAACAAGAAAGUGUAUUUCCCAAAAAUAUUGAGUUUGUAGUUUUGUGCUUCUCGAAGAACAGCGGCUGCAGUCCGCUUGAACUCCAUCGGUUGGGAUGAAUUUCAGUGGUUACAAAGUUUUCAUGGUGGACAAAAAGUAUCAAAAUGUCCACAGAGACUUUUCUAAUCCGCUUCUUCGUCAUAAUCCACCUCUCAGCUGUCCGUCUGUAUGGUUAUUAUGUUCCCAACAAAAGACACAACUUCCUGGCAGAGCUUCAAGCAGUGAGGAAAUGGAUUAUGCCGUUUGUGAGUGUUUUAAUUCUUUAUUCUGCUUUGAAACUUGUCACCAUUUCAAUCCUUUGUGUCCGACACGUUUUAAGGUCCCAACCGCUGUUCUUCAUGAACUGCAAACUAUUUACAACUACCUUUAAACCACAGGGGGUCGUUGAUUGUGAAAAUAUACAUUUUGGGUGGAGUACCAUUUGAAAAUGCCCACAUCCUGCCUACUUCUGCUUUACUUUUUGUACGGAGGGUUGGGUCCAUUACUUUUUGACUCUCGUUCGUUUAUUAGACCCUGACAUUUUGAUCAAAGCAAAGGUUAUCCGUUUGUAACACAACUAAAGCAAACCUUCACUGACUGGAACAUUUAAUUGAACGUUGAUGGAUGGUGGACAGACAGUAUGGAAGCCCACAGAGUACAAUCCAACAAAGCAGAAGUGGGUUUUAUUUGGUUUUAUUUGGAUGUUCAAUUUUAAAUCCCCCUGGAGGUUCUGGAUCAGAGUUAGAAACCACACACAGUCCAUGUUAUGGCCUUAGGAAUCACUCUGCAAACUAGUUAUGUCUAAUCAAGAUGUGUGAUACUUAUGUCUUAAUUGGUCCUCUGUGCCUGUUCCCAUCAACCCGUAUUUACUCCGAAUGUUUUCCCUGACGAGAAGGACGAGCUGUUGUUUUCACCCACCUUCCAAAUGCCUUUCAUUGUUGCCCGAUGACGCUGGUCUGAUCUUGAAUCACCACAAAGAGGUGUUUGCACCAAAAAGAGAAAGACGGGAAGGUAUCGAAACGUGAAUUUUAAUUUCAUUCCCAGGUGUACAAAAACAACAACAACUAUACUUUGGUUCUUCUGAUGUGAAUUUAUGUUCAUAUUCUUUGCAUGGCGUUUUUGGAAAUAUCUUGGAAAUAUUAACCACAGCACAGAUUAUUUGUAUGGUUUCAAAUGGACCUCUGUAAUAUAAGAAAAAUAUUUAAUUGUAAUAAAUAAUAUAUGAGUUUGAA